AUGAAGUGCCUGCUGUUUCUCGCCUUUGUUGGGGCGGCUGUUGCCUUUCCCACCAUCGCUGAGGAUGAUGACGACAAGAUCGUGGGAGGCUACACCUGUGCAGAGAACUCUGUUCCCUAUCAGGUGUCCCUGAAUUCCGGAUAUCACUUCUGUGGAGGUUCCCUCAUCAGCAGCCAGUGGGUCCUGUCAGCUGCUCACUGCUACAAAUAUCGCAUCCAAGUGCAGCUCGGGAAAAAUAACCUGGCCCUGACAGAAUCAACACAGCUGUUUAUUAACUCAGCUAAAGUCAUCCGCCACUCUGGCUACAGCGCCUAUACCCUGAACAAUGACAUCAUGCUCAUCAAGCUUGCCACCCCAGCCCAGCUCAGCAAGGCUAUCCAAACAGUUCCUCUGCCCACCAGCUGUGUGGCCGCUGGCACCACUUGCCUGAUCUCCGGCUGGGGCAACACACUCAGCAGUGGCAGUGAGUACUCUGUGGGAAU